UAUCUGGCAACACCGCAAAGUGCGGCUACAUCAACGGCUUCAGCUCUGCGUUUUCCAACAAGAUGUUCAGCAGGUCCUUGACUGGAUUGAAAAUCACGGAGAAGCCUUCUUAAGCAAACACACUGGGGUCGGCAAGUCUCUUCAUAGAGCCCGGGCGCUGCAGAAAAGACACGAUGAUUUUGAAGAAGUGGCUCAGAACACGUACACCAACGCUGAUAAGCUGCUGGAGGCCGCUGAGCAACUUGCUCAGACAGGAGAGUGCGACCCUGAGGAGAUCUACAAAGCAGCACGUCACCUGGAAGUGCGCAUUCAGGACUUUGUCCGGAGGGUGGAGCAGAGGAAACUGCUACUGGACAUGUCCGUGUCAUUUCACACUCACACUAAAGAGCUGUGGGCAUGGAUGGAGGAGCUUCAAAAGGAGCUGUUGGAGGAUGUUUGUGCUGACUCGGUGGAUGCCGUGCAAGAACUUAUCAAACAGUUUCAGCAACAGCAAACAGCCACACUUGACGCAACCCUGAAUGUUAUAAAGGAAGGGGAGGAUCUCAUUCAGCAACUCAGGGACUCUGCAAUCUCCAACAAUAAAACUCCACACAAUAGCUCCAUCAGCCACAUAGAGAGUGUUCUUCAGCAGCUCGAUGAAGCCCAGGGACAGAUGGAAGAGCUUUUCCACGAGCGAAAAAUCAAGUUGGAUAUUUUCUUACAGCUUCGGAUUUUUGAACAGUACACGAUUGAGGUUACAGCAGAGUUAGACGCCUGGAAUGAGGAUCUUCUCCGUCAAAUGAACGAUUUCAAUACCGAGGAUCUGACUUUGGCUGAACAGCGACUACAGAGACACACAGAACGCAAGCUGGCUAUGAACAACAUGACCUUCGAUGUAAUUCAGCAGGGCCAAGAUUUACACCAGUACAUCAUGGAAGUGCAAGCAUCAGGGAUCGAGCUCACAUGUGACAAAGACAUGGACAUCGGAACACAAGUGCAGGAGCUGCUGGAGUUUCUGCAUGAGAAGCAGCGAGAGCUGGAGAUGAACGCUGACCAGACCCAGAAGCGCCUGGAACAGUGUUUGCAGCUCCGUCACCUGCAGGCGGAGGUUAAACAGGUGCUAGGCUGGAUCCGGAACGGUGAAUCCAUGCUCAAUGCCAGCCUUGUUAAUGCGAGUUCUCUGUCCGAGGCAGAGCAGCUCCAGCGAGAACAUGAGCAGUUUCAGCUCGCAAUAGAGUCCCUCUUUCAUGCCACUUCUUUACAGAAAACCCACCAGAGCGCCCUUCAGGUACAGCAGAAGGCUGAGACCAUGCUGCAGGCUGGCCAUUACGACUGUGAUGCCAUCAGGGAAUGUGCCGAGAAAGUCGCUCUUCACUGGCAGCAGCUAAUGCUGAAGAUGGAGGACAGACUGAAGCUGGUCAACGCAUCAGUGGCUUUCUAUAAAACCUCCGAGCAGGUAUGCAGCGUCCUCGAGAGUCUAGAACAGGAAUACAGAAGGGAUGAGGACUGGUGCGGAGGCCAAGAUAAGUUGGGGCCAAAUGCUGAAACUGACCACGUCACACCUCUCAUAAGCAAACAUCUGGAGCAAAAGGAAGCCUUUCUUAAGGCCUGCACUCUGGCACGCAGGAAUGCCGAGGUCUUUCUCAAGUACAUUCACAGAAACAAUGUGAGUAUGCCAGGUGUGGCUGCCCACACAAGAGGUCCCGAGCAGCAGGUAAAAGCUAUUCUCAGUGAGCUGCUCCAGAGAGAGAACAGAGUGCUUCACUUCUGGACGAUGAAAAAGAGGCGGCUGGAUCAGUGCCAGCAAUACGUGGUGUUUGAGAGAAGUGCCAAACAGGCAUUAGAUUGGAUCCAGGAAAUAGGCGAGUAUUACCUUUCUACACAUACAUCUGCCGGGGAAACCACCGAAGAGACUGAGGAUCUUUUGAAAGAAUACAGUGAAUUUAGGAUUUCUGCCAAGCAAACCAAGGAGAAGGUGAAGCUCAUCAUUCAGCUGGCGGACAGUUUUGUGGAGAAGGGUCACGCACAUGCCUGCGAGAUCAAGAAAUGGGUGUCAGCAGUGGAUAAGCGCUAUCGAGAUUUCUCACUGAGGAUGGGAAAAUACAGAUCCUUUUUGGAAAAAGGCCUUGGAAUCACGUCGGAGGACAAUAAAGACCUGGAGCUGGACAUCAUCCCUGCGAGUCUCACUGACCCAGAGGUCAAACUCCGAGAUGCCAACCACGAAGCCAAUGAAGAAAAAAGAAAAUCUGCAAGAAAGAAAGAGUUCAUUAUGGCUGAGCUCCUCCAAACUGAAAAAGCUUAUGUUAGAGAUUUACAUGAGUGUCUUGAGACUUACCUUUGGGAGAUGACCAGUGGAGUGGAGGAGAUCCCGGCCGGUAUUGUCAACAAGGAGCACAUCAUCUUUGGAAAUAUUCAGGAAAUUUACGAGUUUCACAACAACAUCUUCCUUAAAGAAUUGGAGAAAUAUGAACAGUUACCUGAAGAUGUAGGCCAUUGCUUCGUCACUUGGGCAGAUAAAUUCCAAAUGUACGUCACAUACUGCAAAAACAAGCCUGACUCCAGCCAGCUCAUCUUAGAGCACGCAGGAAGUUUUUUCGAUGAGAUUCAACAAAGACACGGUUUGGCCAAUUCAAUCUCUUCUUAUCUGAUUAAACCAGUUCAGAGAAUCACAAAGUACCAGCUCUUACUGAAGGAACUCUUGACGUGCUGUGAGGAAGGUAAAGGAGAAUUAAAAGAUGGUCUCGAAGUGAUGCUCAAUGUGCCUAAGAAAGCCAAUGAUGCCAUGCAUGUCAGUAUGCUGGAAGGGUUUGAUGAAAAUUACGAUGUUCAAGGUGAGCUGAUUCUUCAGGACUCCUUCCAAGUAUGGGACCCGAAAUCCCUUAUUCGAAAAGGACGUGAAAGGCAUUUGUUUCUCUUUGAAUUGUCCUUGGUUUUUAGCAAGGAGAUCAAGGAUUCCUCAGGACGCAGCAAAUAUGUUUACAAGCACAAGUUACUGACAUCAGAAUUAGGGGUAACAGAGCACGUGGAAGGUGACCCCUGUAAAUUUGCCUUGUGGGUGGGGAGAACUCCAUCCUCUGACAACAAGACCGUCUUGAAGGCCUCCAACAUUGAAACCAAGCAGGAUUGGAUUAAGAAUAUCCGUGAGGUCAUUCAGGAGAGAACUGUUCACCUGAAAGGAGCAUUGAAAGAGCCUAUUCAGCUGCCAAAGACCCCAGCAAGGCAAAGGAAUAACGUGAAAAGGGAUAUGGGAGACGAUGGAGACAGUCAGGGAGAUGGCAGCAGUCAGCCAGACACCAUCUCCAUCGCCUCAAGAACUUCACAGAACACCAUGGACAGCGAUAAACUUUCAGGAGGGUGUGAAUUGACGGUCGUGUUGCAAGACUUCGUAGCGAACAACACCAGUGAACUCAGCAUCCAAGUAGGGCAGACUGUGGAGCUGCUGGAGAGACCCAGCGAGCGACCCGGGUGGUGCCUGGUCAGAACGACAGACCGCAGCCCCCCUUCCGAAGGCCUGGUCCCCAGCAGCACUCUCUGCAUAUCACACUCCCGCAGCAGUGUGGAGAUGGAAUGUUUCUUCCCAUCUGGAAAAGAUGGUUAUUCCCCAAAUGACAAUGGAGGCAAGUCCGAAUCAGUUUCAAGCCUUCAGCCCCAGCCUUCCAUGAGUUCCAACCAGAAUUCCCCGGGACCCAAACGUUCCCAAACGCUGAGGAAAUGGCUGACGAGCCCCGUGCGCAGACUCAGCAGCGGCAAAGCCGACCCCAGGAAGAAAAAAGCCAACGGCAAGCAGGUAUUAGACCUGGCAUCACCCAAAACAGGAGAGAAUGAGACCACACCCCAGGAGGAUAGUGCAGAUGAGAAGGGGAGGAAGGAUGAAGCACCCAGUGGCACUUUAUCAAAGUCUUCGUCUGGUAUGCAGAGUGGAGGCGAAGAUGAGCCCGAUGAGGAACCACACACCCCUCUUCCUCCUCGAAUGAGGAUCAUUGAUAACCCUUCACCUGAGGAUGGGUCCUCUUUGCACGCUGCCCGGCAGAGCGCUACUGAAAUCCCCAGCGCUGCGGACCUUGUCAGUGCCAUCGAGAAGUUGGUUAAAAGUAAACUGACUCUGGAAUCAGGCUAUCGGACCAAUGUAAAUGAUCCUUUUAGUCCCGAACCGAUGAACUCUUUAACCUCACCUGUAGAUGCUGAUGAAGAGAAACGGGCCAAAGCACUGAAAGGCAGAGCGUAUGUUCUCAAUGAACUUGUGCAAACUGAGAAGGAUUAUGUGAAAGACUUGGGAAUUGUUGUUGAGGCUUUCAUGAAAAAAGUGGAAGAAAAGGGAAUUCCCGAAGACAUGAAAGGAAAAGAUAAGAUUGUAUUUGGAAACAUUCAUCAGAUCUACGACUGGCAUAAUAGUUUUUUCAUGGGGGAACUGGAAAGAUGCCUUCUUGAACCAGAACGGCUGGCAAGUCUCUUCAUCAAACACGAGAGACGCCUAAACAUGUAUGUGAUCUAUUGUCAAAACAAGCCGAAAUCUGAGUACAUUGUGGCAGAAUACGAUGCCUACUUUGAGGAGGUAAAACUGGACAUCAAUCAGAGACUUAGUCUGAGUGACUAUCUCAUUAAACCUAUUCAGAGGAUAACCAAGUACCAGCUGCUUAUCAAGGACUUCCUAAAGUACAGUGAGAAAGCUGGGCACGAAUGUUCAGAAAUCGAGAAAGCUGUUGAUGUAAUGUGCCUUGUGCCAAAACGCUGCAAUGAUAUGAUGAACUUGGGAAGACUUGAGGGCUUUGAGGGCAAAAUCACAGCACAGGGCAAACUGCUACAACAGGAUACGUUCUACGUGACUGAGCAGGACACUGGAGUUCUGUCCCGAAGUAAGGAACGAAGAGUCUUUCUCUUUGAGCAAGUUGUAAUCUUCAGCGAACUAUUGAAAAGAGGUUCCUCUACACCGAGGUAUCAAUUCAAGAAGUGCAUUAAGAUGACUUACCUGAACAUCGAGGAGAAUGUGGACAACGAACUCUGCAAGUUUGCCCUGAUCUGCCAUGGGACCUCCGAACGCUUUGUGUUGCAGGCUCCAAGUAUUGAGAUCUGGCAAGCCUGGGUUCAGGAUAUCAAUCAAGUGCUUGACGCUCAACGGAACUUUUUAAAUGCACUGCAAUCGCCAAUCGAAUACCAGAAGAAAGAAGGUGCUACUCAUUCCUUAGGCAGAGCGGCAGCAAGCAGGCUACCCCAGACCAGCCCCAGGUCACACUCCUCUUCCCCAGUGGGGCCUGAAAAGCCUCCAAAGGGCUCCAGUCGUAAUCCAGCUGUACCAGCACUAAAGCUACCUACCUCCAAUGGCACUGCAACCUUCGACGACCAACAGCAUGGAGACAAAUAUGAGGAAAGCAAGAAUAAUGCAGUGGGAUGCAAUGGGACCUCUACCAUGCUGGUCACACAAGAUUAUAGCGCGGUGAAGGAGAAUGAAAUCUGCGUGUUUCAGGGAGAGCUGGUACAGGUCCUUGCCUUUGACCAGCAGAACAUGUUCUUGGUGUACCGGCCUGCCAAUCAACACUCUCCCGCUGCCGAAGGCUGGAUUCCAGGCUUUAUCCUGCGUCACAUCAGUAACAACCCCACAGACACUAUCGAAGGAAGCAUCAAGAAGUCAUGUUCUUGGCAAACAUCACUGCGUUUGAGAAAACGAGGAGAAAAGGAGAGCGGUGGGAAAAAUGAAGGGAGGUUUGAGAAUGGUGCCCGUAAAUCCAAGGAUAUUCUGACCAACAAAGCCUCUGUUAAAGUGAGUAAGCCAAUGUUUAGGAGCUGUGUGUUUAUUUUUUAAAAGGUCCAGUUACAAGGCUUUCCUGCAUCCAUAUCCAUUGAUACUUCAUGCUUUCACUGUACCAUUGGAAACGGUGGUCUGUGAGCUGAUGCCUGAAGUGGUGAUGCUUUAAAUGGUGAUUGUAUUUUCUCUCAACUAUAGAUUUGGCUGUUACAAGUGGGGAAGAAACGAAUAGCAUUAGCAUAAACUCUUGAAUCUUUUGAAUAAUCAUAAGAUUAAACCCACUGUUACGGGUAGCUCUUACAGCCAAACUACUACUGAACAAAAAAAAAACAAACGCAACAUCUUUGAUCAUGCAAAGCAUCAGAUUUAAUGACGAAACUUAAAAAAAGAAACGAUUGCACUUAUUCAAUUCUGGAAUAAUGUAAAACCUAGUAACUGGACUUUUAAAGCAAACAGCCCAUUUCCACAUCCCUCAAUUAAUACUUCAGUUUGGGACUAACCUUUUAGACACCAACCACGGGAGUGAUAAAGGUUUGAUGUCACUAAAUCCACUUCUAACUGUUUGCCAUGUGAGUGUGGCUAGAGAACUGAGAACACAGUGUACCAUUUUCUUUGCUGCAAGUGUGAAUAAAUUAAAUCUUUCAACAA